UGUGGAGGAGGCGGACCGUUGGGACUUUAAAGGGAAACAGAACUGAGUUAUAUUUCAGCUAAUGGCCUUUAUAAGUGUAAAAAGCUUUUAUUUAGUGUCAGACAUGACUGAGUGCCAAACUGAUUGAUCCAGCUGUGUGAAUGGAAAGACCUGAUAAUGUCAAAACUUUCUCUAGGAGGAAAGACGUCGUCUGGUAAAUUAAACAGCUGGGUACAACCAUCCUUUGGUGAUUUUUUUGGAGGGUCCGGGUUCAAACCCCUCUCCUCGACAAAGGGGCUUUCUGCAGAAAGCAAGUCUAAAGCGCGGUCCUCGAGCGCGGAUGUUGGCGGAAAGAAGUCAAAGAAGAGAAAAGUAGAUCCUCAGACUUCUAAGCCAGAACCUGAUGUCUACUCAAGCAAACAAGGAUCACAGGAGAACCAGGAUGAGCCCUGGGUGGACGUGCAUGCGCCCCAGACACGGGCUGAGCUGGCGGUCCACAAGAAGAAAGUUGAGGAAGUCGAGAGUUGGUUGAGGGUUCAUUUGGACUUCCAGAGCAGUAACAAGGGUGGCGCUGUGCUGUUACUGACCGGCCCGUCCGGCUGCGGAAAGACGGCCACGGUUCACGUCCUGGCUAAAGAUGCGUGCUGUCACGUUCAGGAGUGGACGAACCCGAGCACAGCGGACUACAGGACCGACGAGUCCUUCAGGGAGAGCUUCGAUCCAGCCUCCAGGUUUAACAGUUUCCACAGCAGCUCACAGACCGCAGCUUUCCAGGAGUUUCUGCUCCGAGCGAAUAAAUACAACCGGCUGCAGAUGAGCGGAGACGACGGGACUCAGGAGAGGAAGAUCAUCCUCGUGGAGGAUUUUCCAAACCAGUUCUACAGACAGCCAGGAUGCUUGCAUGGUAUCCUCAGGCAUUUUGUGAGGACCGGUCGGUGCCCGCUGGUCUUUAUCGUGUCCGACAGCCUGAGCGGAGACACCAGUUCCAGACUCCUCUUUCCCAAAGAUGUCCAGGAAGAGCUGAGCAUCCAUAACAUCAGUUUUAACCCCGUAGCCCCUACCAGCAUGAUGAAGGUGCUGAGUAGGAUUGCGACUGUCGAAGCGAAAAAGAGUGCUGGAAGGAUCUCUGUGCCUGACAAGGCGGCACUGGAGCAGCUAUGCUCUGGGAGUUCAGGAGACAUUCGGAGUGCCAUCAACAGCCUGCAGUUCUCCUCUUUCACAGACUCCUCUCUGGCAAAAAACCUCUGGGCUUCUAAGAAGGGCAAAUCCUCCACGACUGCAGCCAAACCCUCAACGAGACCCAAAGGCAGGGGUCGGCCUGCUAAAGCCACUGACGUGCGAGAGGAGAACCCUGCUAUCGGAGGAAAAGACGCAUCUUUGUUCCUCUUCAGAGCACUCGGAAAGAUCCUCUACUGCAAGAGAGAAAGCUAUGAAGACGGUGAUGUUCCUAAGCUACCAGCACAUCUUUCAGAGCAUCAGAGGGAUAAACUGCUGGUUGACCCAGAGCUUGUUAUCGAGCGCUCUCACAUGUCUGGAGAGUUCUUUAAUCUCUACCUGCACCAGAACUACGUGGACCUUUUCUCAGAUGUGGAGGACGUGGCGCGGGCCAGCGAGUACCUCUCGGACGCCGACUUCCUGACCGCCGAAUGGACUUCCAGGUCCACCAUGUUGGAGUACGGAUCUUCAGUGGCCACUAGAGGGCUCAUCCACUCGAACACCGCCCGAGCUCAGGCUGCCCACCAGUCGUCCGUCGGCUUUAAGCCACUUCACAAACCCCACUGGCUGCAUAUUAACAAGACGUACCGAGAGAACUAUCUGGCAGCUCAGUCCCUCUUCGUCAGCUUCUGUCUGACACCCAUAAGCCUCGUAACUGAGUUAGUGCCCUACCUGGCCAAGCUCAGCAACCCUAUGAGGAAUCAAGCGCAGAUAACCUUUAUCCAAGAUGUUGGCCAUCUGUCUCGCAGAAGGUUUCCUGGCAGAUUAAAACUUGAAGCACUUGGUGAUAAAGACCCCGGCCUGCUGGACCUGGACAGUGAUCAUGAAGAGACAGGAACCCAGAGUGCUGAGCCUGGUGUUCAGGCCACUGUGCCAGGAGAUACCACUGCUGUACCCACCUUCCCAAACAGCCAGGAGCCAGGGGGUGACCUUCCCGCCAGCCAGCCCCAGCCAACCACGGCUGAGGCCUUACUGGACGAAGAGGACCUUCUAAUCGAGGAGUAUGACAGUGACUGAUGAAUCACACGCUCCUGUUUCCUAUCUAUCCUCCACCAUCGUUGCCUUGAGGACAGUGAACAGUUCUUCUGUUUAUUUCUGAAUCACUGUGCUUUAGCAUAUGGUUUUAUAAUGUGAAUAAUGAGCACGUGUAAUAUUUAUUUGGUUCAGCACAAGCAGUAGAGAGAGAGUGUGUGUGUGUGUGUGUUUGUUGGAACUCCUGACACGCGGUCAGAGGGACCUCCAGAAAGUGAGUGUUACAUAUGAUCUUUAACAAAGUGUUUGGAUAUUGCUAUAAUGCUUUUUGGUGUCCAGAAUAAUAUAUAAUUCUGAUACGUUGGUCCUUUAACAUGUGCCAUACUUAAGUAGGCAAUAAAUUUUGUUUUUUAGCUUUUGUGUUUGAAGUGUAAACUAAAGCCCACACAAACUUGUGCGGUGUGAAACAGUUGAGGUUUGAGGGGUUAGAUUUACAUUUUACGUUUAUUAUGAAUAACAUGUAAUUCCACUGUAUGAAACAAACAGGUCACGCUGUACAGGAAUUUUAUCUGACCAUGCUCCUUGGGCGGGGUUCUGGUGCUGGUGUGCUGCUGUAUAAAUGCUGGAUUUAUCACUGAAAGUAUAAAAUGCACUCAACAAA